CUUCCCUCCCGGAGCCAUUGUUUGGGUUCUCAGUUUCCCAAAGCCUCCUGGGAAAACGUAGUAGCCACAGCUUUGGUCCCCGACGCAGAACUACCUGGGAGAAAAGGGCACCUGAAGCUCUGUCCCUGACCUGAGUCACCGUCCCCGUCUCCCCUCGGCCGUGGCAUCUGACGGCCCUGAAAAGACCAACCGAGCUCAGCAGACCCUGUCCCAGCACCACCCCGCCCCUGCCCGGGCCCUUCCGGAGUUCGUCCCUCAGCUCCGUUGUUCAGGGGACGCGGGACCCAAGACUGUGUCACGGUGCUGUCCCCAGCUCUUUGGAGGUAGUUACACCUAUGUGAUGAACCAACUGUGUUUGGGACUCUUUCAGCGGAGCAUGGGAGGCCGGAGGAAGGCAAGAGACGAGGAAAGCGCCUACGGUUCCAAGGACGCCACGCAGGUCCUGCAGGAGCGCCGGCUGAGGCUGAUCCUGGCCGGGAGGACAGGGACAGGCAAGAGCGCCACUGGGAACAGCAUCCUGGGCGAGAGACGCUUCCUCUCCAGGCUGGCAGCCACCUCGGUGACCAGAACCUGCGAGGUGGGGAGCUGCACGUGGGGUCAGUGGCUCGUGGAAGUCAUGGACACCCCGGACCUUUUCAGCCCCCAGGUCGCCGAGACAGACCCAGGGUGUGAGGAGCAGACACGCUGCUACCUGCUGUCGGCACCCGGGCCCCACGCGGUGGUCCUGGUGACUCAGCUGGGCCGCUUCACGGCACAGGACCAGGACGCCCUGAGCGCCCUCAAGGACCUCUUCGGGGAUCGCGUGUUGGCGCACACCGUGGUUCUGUUCACGCGCAAGGAGGACCUGGCGGGCGGCUCGCUGCAGGAGUACGUGCGCGACACGGACAACCGCGCGCUGCGCCGGCUGGUGGCCGAGUGCGGGGGCCGCGUGUGCGCCUUCAACAACCGGGCAGUGGGCGCGGAGCAGGAAGCCCAGGUGCAGGAGCUGCUGCAGAUGGUGGAGCGCCUGGUGAGCGACCACUCCGGCGCCCCGUUCACCAACGACGUUUACGCCCUGGCGCAGGCGCAGGCGCUGGCCGGCGCUGACCCGCUGGAGCAGAGGCGCAGGGUGGCCCAGGAACUGGCGGUCCGCGCCCAGAGCUGGCGGCGGCGCGGGCUGCGGGUCCGGCUGUGCGCUUGGGUGGUGCCGCGGUGGAAGAAAGGCGCGGUGGGGCUGCUGGGUGUCCUGGCCAUAUUCUGGCUGCUCUGGUUCGCCAGACACAAGCCUGAGGCCCAGGUCGGUCCUCAGUGACAGACUGUAACCGUGACUUUGACCUGUCAGCUGAGCAUCACGCUCAUUCCUGGUGUCUGUCCCUUCAGGGUCCACAGGCUUUCCUUGGGACCCUCACCUGGCCCUGAUCUACCAACGACAAGGUCCUACCAGGUCCCAUCUACUCCACCCCCAAACCUGCCCAUGUGACCUGGCCCUCUCUGAGCUCCUUUCUUACUUAAGCCACAUAACUGUCGCGCCUUUUGCCUGCCUUCUACUGACCUCAGGCUCCUGUCCCCUGUCAGGGAAUGAGCCCCCAUCUGCCCACGGGGCCACGGGCGGGAACCAACACAGAGCCUCAGUCCACGCCCGUUUGUUCCCAUUGACCAGGCCCUGAAUGAAUAAAUGCACUGGGCGCUCACACUGUGUUGUCGGAAGUCAGCCUCUGUAGCUGUCGGUUCCCCUGCCUGAUCCCCGCAUUGAACGAGGACACUACUCUGUCAGCCCCGGCCCCACCUGCAAAACCACACACGUGCCCAAGUGCAGUGACACGCGUGU